CGGAGCUGUUGGUAACACAAGAGUUCCUCAUAUCAAUCGUGGUUUGCCGAGGACAAUCGUUGACCUUUCGGGAUCCCCUUAUCGACCAUCAUGGCCGAGGUGUGUUUGGCGGAUCUGGUUGGCUUUCCUCAGCGAGGAUUGCCAGGAUUCCAAAGCUGCCUGUCUUCUUAAACGCGCCGCAAGCCGCAAGCCACAAGCCACUUAAGGGAAUGGCAAAUACGCCAGAGCCAGCAGAUGUGAUACGUCAAGUUUUCUUCCUGGUUUCCCGCUACUUUCAGACUUUCUCUUCACGAAGUCAACCAAACAUUAUUCAGACUAAUAUCAAGGAUGGAAACUGGUUGUCAAAUCCCGCGAGGGCCGACACCCUUAGACUGGAUUGUAAUGUUCAGUACCGUGGUCGAAAUAUAACCCUGCUAACUUAACUAAGAAGUUGUUGGAAUUCUGAACGAAUCUUCCUAAAGCGGUGGUCAACUAUGAUAGCUUCAGCAAUUUCUUUCAAACAGCCAGCCCGAGCGCUAUCAUUAUCUAUCUGAGUUAGCUGAACAUUUCCAGCACUGUGACCCCGGAAGUCAUUAUUAGCUGGUCGAACAGGCGGCUAAGAACAAAAAUAUACAUAUAUAUAUAUAGCAAAAAUGUUUGGCCUCGCAGCUUUGGGCCAGAAAUGCGAGGGGAAGCAAUGCCAACCGCAAGAGAUCGACGUUUGGAACACGGGACAGUCGAUGGGGGUUCGCGAUGGAGCCAAAGUUAAAACGUCAGCCCUUGUUGCAAGAAAUACACGUUCGAAUGUAAAAUACGCAGUACUGCAGAACAAAAUAAACUGCAGUGGCUGA